AUGGUUACAACUGCUUCGCAGGGAGUGGCCGGUGGAGGAACCGUGGCAGAAGCCAUAUCACAAGCGCUUAGUCUUGAUCUCGGUGCGACGGAUCUCUCAUCACCGGAAGUCAUGCAACAAUUCAUAUUAGAUCACCCCCACAUCUCUACGAUCACCGAUUUUAUUCGUAAGGUGAAUACUGCCUGGGGAGGCACGGAUCUGUUAUGGGACACUAUGAGCACCCACGAAUGUAUCGUCGGGGAUGGGAUCAACUCGGUGACAUCCCAAGCUGAGCUUGAAAAGCUUCAUGAUCUGGGAUACUCGACGGGUGACUUGGCCAAAGUUACUGUGGUUUCGGGCACCGCAACUGAGUUUUCUCAACCACUGGCUGAUAAGUUUGCAGAGCAAGGGGCCGCUAGCCAUGCUCAAGAGGUGGAUACUAAGAAUGGAUCACAAUCUGACAGUGUAAGUACAUUUUCUACCAAGAUUGAAGUGGAUCAAGCCAAUGGUACGCCACGAAAAAGUAAGAGGCAGAAGUCUAAUAAAGUCGCGAAAGUUGCGGGUGUUGUUGCUAUUGGGAUGGCCAUCUUACUUUGA